AUGUACAUACAGUGGGAGGAACUCCUGGAGCUGCUGUGGGAGGGGUCGAGGAGGAGGAGCCGAGAGAGGAGGGCGAGAGGAGGGAGGAGGAGCAUCGAGUCAGGUCUCGACCAGCCCUCUCUCGCCGACCUCUCUCCCUCCGACGCCCACGACGCGCCCUUGGAGGCUCAAACCUUGCAUGGCACAAGCAGCGUCUCCCUAAGCAUCCCGCACACCGUCAUCUUCAAGGGCGGGCACCUGCAGAGCUGGUACUUCAGUCAGAAUGGUGAGAUCAAGAAGAAGAGGAAGGCAAACCUGACCAAAAAGAACGUGAUCGACGAGUUCUUGAAGUUGAGUCACCCUGGCCAGUAUGUCGCCAUCCUGCUGGUGACUCAGGAAGGGAACGACGGCAUCUUCACGACUCAAAGGAGGAACCUGGAGGAGUUUGCCUUUAGCAAGCUCGUCAAGGCGGCGUUCACCACCCACUUCACCGGCAUCAUCCAGCAGUAUGUGAGCGGAGAGCUGCGGGAGCUGCUGCCUUGGGUCAAGAACCCUCCUCCUGACCCGCGGCUGGUCGGCCAGGGGGUCCUCGAGUGCCAAUGGAGCAAGACGUCCAACACCAUCAUCAUCCGAUGCGAGUCGGAGCUUGCAGCUCUGUCGCACUUUUGCUCCAAAGUGAAGGGGAAGGACGGGAGGAUGCGGGAGAAGCGAAUCUCAAGCAUCAUCCACCUCAACUACGAGUUCGUCGACUCUCACACUCAGCGCGCCAACAUCCUCAAGGACUUGCGGAGGGCGUCAGACAGUCUCGACGAGCAGCAGCGAGGGGUUUCUUCUCCCAGCAUGAUGGACAGCCGCGCGAGUCUCUUCGCUGACCUGAGAGCUGCGACAAGAAACAAGGAGCAGGAGAGGAUCCCGCAGAUUGGAGGAACUGACUUCCUCGCUUACGGCAAGGGCUGCGUCAUUUCCAUGCACGAACGAGACAAGGUCCUCGCAGCUUCGAAAGCUGUAAACGAGCUGAUCGCAAACUCCUUGACUGCCCGAGGAGAGUCUCCGACCCUCGUCUCUCUCCUCGCGCACUUCAAGCUCUCAGACCGCGGGAGGCUGCAGCUUCACUGGGGUACUGCCGUCCUCUCCGUCCCUUCUGAGCACGAGCAUGUCCGGACCUUCGUGCCGGGAGACCCUGAGAGUCGCUGGUACGUCGAGGUCCUCCAGGCAGUCUCGCUAGACUCCUUCUCCUUCCUUCGCUUCGCCAACCUGCAGGAUGACGUUCGCAAGAACGUAAUCAAGAGUCUCGACUAUCGCGCGGUCAGCAUGGACCUUUCCGAGUGGUUCCACUUCCUUCGCGUGCUAAAGCUUCUUCCUGCUCGCCUGACCAAAGAGGAGGCGACAUCUCUCUUUCGCAAGGCGAUCUCGUCGUCCAAGGAGGAGAAUACAGACGCAAACGAGAUGAGCUUCAUCGAAUUCAAGCGAGCCUUGCGACUCCUCGCCUCGCUCCUCCAGCUGGACUGGGAGCCCGUGGAGCUGGCGGGGAAGAUAUCGCAUCUCCUCCUCCAUCGCAGAUUCUUCCAACAGAACGCAAGCGGAUCUCCAGGAGAGCAGAGCAUCGCUGUUACACAGUUUCUG